CAAAAGACAAAGAGCAGGUGAAGAUCGGACCGAAACCGAAACCAAGGUCGAGAUCGAGAAGGCCAACACCCUGCAAGCCUCGUAAAACACGUGCUAAAGUGCGCCUCCUUGACAUUCUUUCCUACCCCACCCGGCCACCCCCACUUGUUUAAACUCUCUCUCUCUCUCUCUCUCGUACUGUUUUCGUGUUCUCUUCGUCUUCUGCUUUUUUUUUUUUUUCUUUUUUGCUUUCUCGCUCUUGCUCCCAGUUUAAAGCUGCAAAGGAUUCUCUAUAAACAGGAAGAGUGCGUAGGAUAAGAGAAUGCGCACUGUUUUCUGUUCGGAUCAAAGAGAAGGAGAGAGACGGAGGCUUAUUGUUUCAUUGACAGGCAAAGUUGGGAGAAAGGAAUCAACAUCAUCACUCUUCAUUGAAAAGUCGGUUUCUUUUCUCCUGGCACAAGAUAAAAAGAAAAACAAGCACUCGAGAAUUCGACCACUCAUGCUUCGGUCCGCGUGCGUGAUGCAAGCUUGCUUUUCUCUGAUGGAUUGUCCAAGACCAACUUAGAUUUCAGUACUUUUGCAGGUUAUGUUCCUAGUUCCUGGAUUUUGAGUGUGGUGUUUUGUCGAAUUGGAUAUUGCUUCUUCCCUGCUCUUUUGAAGAAAGAUGAGAUUUUGUGGGGUGAGUAGUGGAGUUCUCGGUUUUUUUCUAAAGAAACGUUAGAUUUUGUGACGUAGGUUGGGGAAAAUACUGCGUCUUUUAUUGGGAAGAAAGAUGAGAUUUUAGGACGUGGGUUGGUGUUUUAUGGACUCAAAUCAAAUGAGGCUGUUUUGCAACUGUUAUUUUGACCGGCGAUGGUUGGAGUGAAGAUGAGUUCUUCUGCUGCGUGUUCUCUGAUUUGGUAGAGAUAAGCAUGGCCUCUGUCGAAGAGAAGAUUAAACCAGGAGGUUUGAUAAAUGGGACAGCAACUCUAAUGGAGGAGAUGAAGAUUCUGAAGGAGUUUCAGGAUCAGUCUGGUGUGAAGAAGACUAUAAAUUCCGAGCUUUGGCAUGCUUGUGCUGGACCUCUCGUUUCUUUGCCUCAGGUCGGGAGCCUCGUAUACUACUUCCCCCAAGGACACAGUGAACAGGUGGCAGUUUCAACUAAAAGAACAAUAACCUCACAUAUCCCCAACUACCCAAGUCUUCCAUCCCAGUUGAUGUGCCAGGUUCACAAUGUUACAUUGCAUGCAGACAAGGAUACGGAUGAGAUCUAUGCUCAAAUGAGCCUGCAGCCUGUGAACUCUGAAAAAGAUGUAUUCCCUAUUCCAGAUUUUGGAUUAAAGCCAAGCAAGCAUCCCAGUGAAUUCUUCUGCAAGACUCUGACUGCAAGUGACACAAGUACACAUGGUGGCUUCUCAGUUCCCCGAAGGGCAGCAGAAAAGCUUUUCCCACCACUGGAUUAUACAAUGCAGCCUCCAACUCAGGAACUUGUUGUCCGAGACUUGCAUGACAAUACAUGGACAUUUCGUCACAUAUACCGUGGGCAGCCGAAACGACACCUCCUCACAACUGGUUGGAGUUUGUUUGUGGGUGCAAAAAGGCUUAGGGCUGGCGAUGCUGUUCUAUUUAUCAGAGAUGAGAAGUCACAGUUAUUGCUGGGUGUGAGACGUGCAAACCGUCAGCAAACAGCAUUGCCAUCUUCUGUUCUCUCAGCUGAUAGCAUGCACAUUGGAGUCCUUGCAGCUGCAGCUCAUGCUGCCGCUAAUAGAAGCCCGUUUACCAUUUUCUAUAACCCUAGGGCAUGCCCUUCUGAGUUCGUCAUUCCCUUAGCUAAAUACCAAAAAGCUGUAUAUGGCACCCAGGUGUCAAUUGGGAUGAGAUUUGGAAUGAUGUUUGAAACAGAGGAGUCAGGCAAGCGCAGAUAUAUGGGCACAAUCAUUGGUAUUAGUGACUUGGAUCCACUGCGGUGGCCUGGUUCCAAGUGGCGGAACCUACAGGUUGAAUGGGAUGAGCCUGGAUGUGUUGAGAAGCAUAACAGAGUGAGUUUAUGGGAAAUUGAGACCCCCGAAAGUCUUUUCAUUUUCCCUUCUUUCCCUUCUGGUCUUAAACGACCAUUACAUCCUGGAUUUGUAGGAGCAGAGACUGAAUGGGGAAACCUGAUCAAAAGACCUUUUACACGGGUAGCAGGUGGGAAUGAUUUCCCAUGCCCCCCAAUUCCAAGUAUAGGCUCUGAGUCACUCAUGAAGAUGCUACUUAAAUCUCAAAGUGUUAAUCAUACUGGUGCCUUUUCUUCUGUUAUACCACCUUGUGUAGUUAAGGCAGCUCCAGUACCAGAGGCAGAAACAUUAAAACAGACAUUAAUCCAACAGAAACCUCAUGUUGUUCCCUCAGAAAAUUCUUUGCUGCAAACAAGGAACCCUCAUCAGCAAUGCCUUCAUCAAACACAGAUAGCAGAUAGAAAUUUUGCAUUACAAACACGUAUAUCUGAAAAAGAGCAAUCUCUAGAUAAAUUUGAAAAUCAGUUACCACCGAAGAUCCAUACUGAGGAAUUGGAAGUGGCACCUGUAGUUGCAACUGAUCAGCUAAGCCAGUUGACUGCCUCAGGAAAGUGCAGUGAAGACAAAUUCAGUGGGAGUGCUUUGAAUCCUCAGAACCUUGCAAACCAGCUAUUACUAUUGAACCAGGCUACACUUCAGUUACAGUCAGGUACCCUCCCACAUAUUGAUGCACCACCAUUGGACACAAAUAACCUAAACAAUUUACUCCCAUACCCAGGUCUCCUAUCAUCUCAGCACUUGGAUGCUGAUGAUUGGAUGUUGCAAGCUUCCAAUUCUCAGUCUCUUGCUGGGAUUUUUAAAUCACCAGGACCUCCUCUAUCUGGGUGUGAUAAACAAGAUACUUCAGUUAUCUUCCCAGAAGCAGUUAAUCCCAUCUUGCCUCCAUUGGGUCAGGAAAUGUGGGGCACACAGCUCAAUUAUCUUAGGUAUCUAUCUCAAGGAGAUCAGCUUACUACAUGCACUCAUCAAGAUAUGACUGCUCUUCCAAGUAUUUCUAAUUCAUGUGGGUUAAGAGAUUUCUCUGAGGAGAGUAACAAUCAAAGUGAGCUUUAUAAUGGCUUUCAUUUUGAUGUGAGCAACUGUGGAAGUACUGUCAUGGAUCCUUCUGUGUCAAGCUCCGUGCUGGAGCAAUUUAACACAUUGAAGGAUGCCAAUUUCCAGAACCCUUCUGAUUGUCAGGUUGGUAACUUGAGUUCAAGCCAGGAUGUUCAGUCUCAGAUAACAUCUGCCAGCCUUGCAGACUCUCAUGGCUAUUCUCUGCAAGAGCUACCAGACAAUUCGGGUGGUACAUCUUCAAGCAAUGUUGAUUUUGAUGAGGGUAGUCUUAUGCAGAAAAGCUCGUGGCAACAAGUUUCUGCACCUCUGCGGACAUAUACAAAGAUCCAAAAGCUGGGAUCAGUUGGGAGGUCAAUUGAUGUUACAAGGUUUAAAAACUACGAGGAACUACGAUCUGCAAUUGCCUGCAUGUUUGGACUCGAGGGACUGCUUGAUGACCCAAAAGGGUCAGGGUGGAAACUCGUGUAUGUGGAUUACGAGAAUGACGUUCUUCUUGUAGGGGAUGAUCCAUGGGAGGAGUUCGUUAGCUGUGUCCGCUGCAUCAGAAUUCUGUCACCAUCUGAAGUUCAGCAAAUGAGUGAAGAUGGAAUGCAACUCUUUAACAACACCACAUGCCAAGGGACUAAGAAUUUAUCAGAUGGUGGUCACGUUUGGGAUGGCACCACCUCCUGAUUUUCAAGUCAAUCAACCUAAAAUGUGUACCUCAAUGGAGGAAAUUUCCCAUUUGAGCUUGUUUUAAGCUGAACAAAUCGAACAUUCAUUCUCAAAUGAUGAGUUGUCAUCGAAGAAUGUUGUAUCAAAAUAUUAUUCAGGUAAAGAUAAAACUUUCAUAUACUGCGCACUAUAUCCACUAUCCAGAAUGUAUUUUUAUUUUUGUUUCAAAGUUUGUAUGGAACAAAUGAUAUUAACUGUACUGUUGAGUUCAAUCAAAAAGAAGGAAAAAAAAAGGUGAAAACAGAUAAAUUGGUAA